AUGGCCAAGCAUCAUCCCGAUUUAAUUUUCUGUCGGAAACAACCUGGCGUAGCCAUUGGAAGGUUGUGUGAAAAAUGCGAUGGAAAAUGUGUAAUUUGUGACUCCUACGUUAGACCCUGCACCUUGGUUCGUAUUUGUGACGAAUGCAACUAUGGUUCCUAUCAAGGAAGAUGCGUCAUUUGCGGAGGUCCCGGAGUAUCGGACGCUUAUUAUUGUAAAGAGUGUACUGUACAAGAGAAGGACAGGGACGGUUGUCCUAAAAUUGUUAAUCUUGGUAGUUCGAAGACUGAUUUGUUCUAUGAGAGGAAAAAGCAUUAUUACUCCCAAAUAUGGCACUGCUCAGUGGCUCAGUCUUCAUACCUGUUUCAAAAGCAGGCAUCUGUAGUUUCUAGUAAAGCUUCCAAGCCUAAUGAGGCAGCUGUUUCAAAUGAUCUUAUUGUCCUUGAUGAUGAACCACCAAAUGAGAGUAUCCACGACGAUGAGAUUGAGGAGCAAGAAUAUACUGAAAUCAACUCCCAGUCUCAGAACAUGAUGUCCCUGUUGAAGACCAUAGGGCAUAGAUCGUUUAAUCUAAGGCGCCCUAGAGCUUUGCCCAUUUUCUUUUAG